AUGUAUCUCCGCGCUGUCCACGCCGAGGGGCAACUCCCCGUCCUCCAGCAAUUCAUUCGCGACAACCCACUCGGAAUCCUAACAACGGCGAUUAAAUCCCCGAUUUACUCAUUCAUCCAAUCAAGCCACAUCCCCUUCGUCCUCGAUGUACCCCCGACCAAAGACGAUGACACAAUCCCGACCGGCAUUCUGCGCGGCCACAUGGCCAAGCAGAAUCCACAAGCAAAGGCCCUGAUGGAAGCCCUCGCCGAGCAAAACGCAGCAGGGAAUAAUAAACUCGAACUCGCGGACGAAGUCCUUAUCCUCUUCAACGGCCCGCACCACCACUAUGUGACGCCCAAAUUCUAUACAGAAACCAAACCGGUCUCCGGCAAGGUCGUCCCGACGUGGAACUACUCCGCUGUGCAAGCGUAUGGCAAGAUCAGUGUGUACUGCAACUCCAAGGCAGAGGAGACAGGUGCAUUUUUGCAGACACAGAUUGAAGAUCUGUCGCGACAGUCUGAGACAGGCAUUAUGGGGUAUACCGGGGGUGAUAAGAAGAGCCCGUGGAAGGUCUCUGAUGCACCGGUCAAUUAUGUGCAACUUUUGAAGAAGAACAUCAUUGGCAUUGAGAUUCGGAUUGAGAGGCUGCAGGGGAAGUUUAAGAUGAGUCAGGAGAUGGGUGAGGGUGAUCGGGAGGGGGUUGUGAAGGGGUUCGAGGAUUUGGGGUCGGAGGUUGGGAAUGGUAUUGCUGCUUGUGUUAGGGAGCGCGCUGCUUUGAAGGAUCAGCAGAAGUUGUCGUAG